AUGGUCAACUUCCUCCGCGCCGCCGGCCUCCUGGCCCUCGCCCCCCUCGCCGCCGCUGCCCCGGCCGCCACCGAGUCCAACCUCGACGUGAGAGCAGCGGACGCCGUCCCCUUCUCCUUUGCGAAGUGGGCCGACGACAUCAUCGCCAACCCCAACGGACAGCACCCCUCCCCCGAGGAGGCGAUGGCCCUGGCCUUCAACCAGACCUCGACCGAUGGCCUCGAGAAGCGUCAGGCUGAUGUCAGCUGCGAGUUCAACAGACCCGGCCAAUCCGCCUCUGUCGCCGACGCUGUCUGGUGCAUCGAUUUCAUCGCCCAGCGUGCCAACGUCCAGUGCAGGGCCGUCGUCUCCGGGACCUCCUUCUGCAGACGCGGCCAGGCCCAGAUCACCGGCGUGGCAUUCGGCGGCAACCCUCCCCGGGACACCUCGAGCCCUUGCGGCAACGUCGCCCGCUCGGCCGGCGCCAUCAUGGACGCCUGCACGCGCAACGGCCUCGUCUACGGACAGAACAACGCCUGGGGCAACGGCAACAUGGCCGUGCACAUCCGCUCCCCUUACUGA